AUGGAAGUUAAUUCAGAUAAUCCUCAGGAUGAACAUCCUGCAGGAGAACGUUGGGACCCAUUGGGAGCACCAAGUGAUGAAGACGAUUUCGAUUUCAAUAAAAUAAAUUUCUGCGACGAGCACCAUCAAUAUGCUAUUGAAAAAAUUCGAAGCAUGGAAGACGAACAGGAGCUUUUAAACUCGUCCCUUUUUGCUUUAACAACGCACUUUGCUCAAGUUCAAUUUCGUUUACGUCAAGUAAUGAGUUCCUCUCCAGAAUACAGAGAAGAGCUUCUCAAAUCUCUUGAAGAGUUUGUUUUUCGAGGAAUACCAGACGUUAGUUUUGUCAAAGAAAAAAUGGAUGAAGCCAGUUUGGCCGAAGCGGUAAGACUGAGAAGAACACAACAAAGAGAACUAAUUGACAGACUCAAGAGCCAGUUGCGAGAGUUGGAGCAAUAUGCAUUUGAAAGCGGCGAAGCAGGAAUUCCCCAGGAUGUUUUACUAGAGAGACAGCAAGUUAUAUUGAAUGAACUAAAAACCAGAAUGAAUUUAGAAUUAGAUGAACAAAAUUAUCAUCAAAUGACUCCAGAAGCUGUAAAACAACAAAUAAACAUAGCUGUAGAUCAACUUGUUAGCCCGAUAAAGCUAAAAGAGCAUCUUGUAGCUCAACUUAAGACACAAGUCGCUGAUUUGGAACGUUUUAUAGGUUAUCUGCAGCAAAAUGACGGCAACAAACAUCAAAAUUGCAGCUGCGGCUGUGCAUAUCAUUCAGUUAAAAAGCCUUUCCCUAGCGAAACUACUUUAGGUAUUAUACAGAAAACCGUUACUAUUUUGCAAAUGUUUGCUUUAAUGCAAUUGGGCUGUGGAGUAAAAUCUCGUUUUAGAAAAAAUGAUUUGAAGAAUACAAUGAAGAUUAAUCAUUGGGGUGAUUUAAGGGCCAAACUUGAAAUGGCAAUUGGACAUGUUAAAGAGUUGGCAGAAGCUAGGGAAAAUGAGCCUUCAUAUUCAACAAAUCGGGAUUAUAGUAGCGAUUCUGAAAGCCAGUCAAUGUCUCCUUCUAAUAUACAACUUACAGCUGCAGUUAGAAAAUAUUUGGUACCAUGUAUAAGAGAUUUAAUUCAACAUGGUUCUUGUUCGGCUCAAAGUAACAGCUUGGUACCAUUUAUGGGGUGUUUUCCAAGAAGACAUUCCGCUUCCAGCACUGAAAUACAUGCCUGGGAACUUAUUUUAGAAUAUUACCACAUGAAAAAUGGAGACAAAUUCAAUUCGACACCGGCCAGAAAAUUGUCUCAAAGCUUUAAUUUAGAUAUAGCUGGCGCCUCACCAAAUAGUAAUAAGCAUAACAUGCUUUGUGCCAUAGGAAGCAUAAUAUCCUCCCACAGUCCAUAUAAAAGAAGUUAUGAUUCCCAUUUUAAAGCCUUCAUAUGUGCAGCAUUAAAUGCUAACAAGCUUGCGCCAUGGGUAAACUUACUAUUUACAUGUAAUAAGUUGAUUAAAGAAUAUUAUCUGCCUUGGAGCUAUGUUGCCAAGACAGGAUUUCAGGAUAGCUUGAAAAGUUUAGACCAGUUGACUAAGUAUAAGUUUGAUUUGCCUGUGGAUUUGGCAGUGAGACAUUUCCAAAAUAUAAAGGAUGCUUUUACAUAA